CAUUCGGGAGGCACUAGUAGGGAGUUAGUCAAAGGACAGAGAUUCUCAUAUUUCAUACAUUUACUAUGUACAACAUAUCCCGUUUUCAAAUAACACAGAACAUCGUUACAUGAGAUCGGGUCGUUGCAUACUGCGCAAACGGCUUUAUCUUCGAUCACAAUCUUUUCAUUCGGAAGAUAGUAUUUUUCCAUUUCCGCACAUCUUUCAAGUAAACUUUCUUUAUAGCGAAGCAUAUAUUGCUCCUGCUGCUUCUUUGCCACUGAUCGCAACAGGAAAUACGAUACCUGAUCAAUCGCUGUUGACUCUGGCAGAACGCUUAUGACUUUUGAUGGGUCGACGGCAUCACCCAUACAUUUAAGUAGCGAACAGAUACGUGAUUCAGCACCGUCAACUGCUGCAAACUCUGAUCCCCUAUCUUCCAAGAAUUUGAGAAGAUUCAAGCAUAUAUCCGGCUGUGUCGGUGAAUAAUGAGAGCAAAUCAAUUCAGCUGCGUCGUAGUCGUUAUACAAUUUCACCACCUUAUCAAGAAUAUCGCCAGCUGACUGACUACUGUCACACAAGAGCCGUUCUACACCACAUUCUGCAGGAAUCUUAUCGUAUGCGGCACUUCGGUCAGAUACGCUCAUUUUCAAAAGUAAACGUCGAAAUCGAUGACGACAACUGAGGUCUCCCGCUUUUAUAUCCUUGAUGUAAAUGUCGCACAACUCCUUUGCUACGUCUUCACAAAAUGGAACACUUUCGAGAUAGAGUCGCAGAAGUUUAGCGUCACCACUAAGCAUUUCUCUCACUGUCAUAUGAUCCAAUAUUUUUGUAGCGACAAUAAUCUUCAUGCAGCGUUUCGGAGACACAGGAAUCAUCCAGGUCAGCACAUCUUGAAGUAGUUUCUUGUCCGUGAUAUAUGAAAUGCGUUCAAUGAUAUCGUCAAUAUUGAAGGUGAUGUCCUCCAAUUCCCCACAACAGAGACGCCUCCAGAUAUCCCACGCCUUCGCAGACUCCCCUGCCAGCAGCCACAUUUCCGCGGCGUAGUUAUAGUUAUCCGUGCUUUCCAGGAAAUCAGCACUUCCUUCAUAAAUCGGAUGAAAAUUCUCGAGACGAAAUACGUUUUCUAGCUUGUGAUGGAUUGUGAACAGUUUAAGAAGAGACGUAUCAAUACUCGCUCGUGAUGUUUGUGCAAAAUGCAGAUCCCGAAUAUGUAGUAGAUACUCCUCCAAAAACUGAUAGCCAUCGGAGUCGUCGACAUUGUCGCUCAAUAUGUUCUCACUGCUUGGCCAUUCAAACAAAGAAAUCACCUCAUCCGGAUUGACCUCUGUCGAAACAAAUAGUUCGGCAGCUUUCUCGAACUUCCGCUCCUCCACGUAUCGGAAGGCAAUUUUUUUCUUCAGUUUGAUGAAAUCCACCAGACUGUCAACAUCGAAACUCCGAUUUAGUUUUGCCUGAUACAAGGACAUGGCUUCAUCAUAAUCGCCAUGAGUGAAAAGAGCAUCAACCUGCUUCUCCAGAGAUAUCAUGGAAACGUUGUAAAGCACUUGAUUAGUGGCAACAAAGAUUAAUCCAUCGAGUAUUGAGAGCACUUUGGCAUGUUCAGCCUUGAUACACUGAGAAAUCCGAGCGUUGUCAAGACUAACGAUCAUGAUAUCAUCGGAAGCACGAAUAUAGACGUACGGGGAACAGCAAACCAUUGCAUCUACUGGCGUUGAUGGAAUGACUGUGGGAGGCCGAAUUGAAACACCCUGCUCCGUCACGGAUAUGAGAAGCCCAUCCAUUCCAGCCACAAGGAAUUCCAUAUCAACGCAGCAAAUCUGUGGUCGUAUGACUUGUGGAUCGAACGGAAACAACGGGAUUACCGACUUUGUAGUUAUAUUGUAAAUGCUGUACAUACCAUUUGCCGCAAAGCAGAUCGUCAGCCGUGAAAACGCCAUUGCGGAUACAUUUCCUUCCGUAGUCAACUUCUGCACAACUUCCAUUUUGCCGUUACGUCGUUCACAAUACUGAAGGUGCUUGGAGGUGGUAGCUACGGCGAUUUGUAAGCAAAACGGAUCAUCAACUAUUGGAUUCGUAUUCACAGCUAUACAUUGCACUGACGUUCGAUUUGAGACGAUCUCGAAAGAUUCUAGUUCAAAAUCAAAUAGAAUAUUCUCACACAACACUAAAACGACACCAAGCGCCGAGGCGAACUCGAUCUGUCGAAUUGCUUGUUUAGUCGGCAGUUCGAAACUCCCGGCAACUUUGAAACGAUUUUUUUGCUUUUUGAUGUGUAUGACAUGA